CGUGUCGACUUGCUUGAACAUAUCACGGAAGUGUGAGACAAACGUUGAGCGGUAUCUCCAGUCAACCAGUUUCAUUCGUGAGCAUUUUCAUUUUAAAACGCUGUUUAUUUGUACUGCUAAGGGAUAGCUAACGUCUUAAAACAAGACGCCGUUAAAGUGAAAUGCCCCGGAGAAAGGUAAGAACUUGAUUUAUUUAGAUACGUAACGUUAGUGGUAAAAUACAGGUGACUGACUCAUGCUAGCUAUAUGUAAUGUAAAUUUGUUUAGCUAAUUAGCUAUCAUGUCGCAAUGUCACUAUAACGUGACAAACAGGAACUAAUUGAGCCCUAGUUUGCGUUAAAGCACAGCACAAUCAAUUGUGUGUAACAUUUAGAAUAGCACAAAUGCCAUGGCAAGCUGAUGCGAUACUGGUCUAGCUAAUGUGCUAGCUAGCUAUCCAAGAGUGUGUGCAUUCAUGGCUAUAGUGAUGGGGUGCAUUUAAACAUCAUUUCACAAUUGCUUUAGCUAGCUAGCGAGGUUAUCUAGCUAACAGAUGAACCACCAGCUAGUACUGAUAGAACCAAAAGCUUGGUGGAACAGGCCCGCAGGGUGUACCAAAAAGUGUUAUCUAGGUUUAAACCUCUCUGGCUGUAGCUACUUGAAUCCUGCUGGUGGUGAGGGAAAUAAUUGUCUUCCUCAAAACAACGAUUUCAUUGGAUUGAUUCAGGAAUAGCAUAGUAUCAAUUGGUUUAAUUUCCUCAUGUCCCGCCUCUCCUCACUUGCAAUUGGUUAAAGACGCAUAGCGGCCUCAUGAUUGUUGAGCCAUUUUCAUCUCGAAUGUAUUUUCGCUACGGUAGUUGUUAACGUAACAGUAUUGUAAUGUUGUUAACAUACAUAUACAUGUCCCGUUGUACGUUUUUGGAUGUUCAUGUUUGUUUUGGAACAUUUCCCCAGUGCAUUUCAAUUCUGGCAGUUGGUUAUUUUUUGACAUGGUGCAUUGUGGGAAACGUACUACGGAAGUGUUGCUUGUUCACAUGCUCCCCCUCCCGCCUCCACCUAAGUCAAGAUGUAAACCAUUGACGCUUGUAAACAAUCAUCUUUUCGGUGAUUCUUGUAUCUUAUGUGCUUGUGCUAUUAGAUUUGGAUUUUUUCUGUGUAGACUACUAGCUAGUACUCCAGUCCAGUUUGCUUCAAAACAUACAGUUCCUUCAGAAAGUAUUCAUACCCCUUGACUUAUUCCACAUGUUGUGACAUCCUGAAUUCAAAAUUGAUUAAAUAUGUUUUUUUCUCACCAAUCUACACACAAUACACCAUAAUGACAAAGUGAAAACAUGUAGUUUAGAAAUUGUACUGAAAAUGAAAUCAGAAAUAUGUAAUUUACAUAAGUAUUCACACCCCUGAGUCAAUGCAUGUUAGAAUCACAUUUUUCAGCAAUUACAGCUGUGAGUCUUUCUGGGUAAGUCUCUAAGAACUUUGCACACCUGGUUUGUACAACAUUUGCACAUUAUUCUUUUUUAAAUUCUUCAAGCUCUGUCAAGUUGGUUGUUGAGCAUUGCUAGACAGCCAUUUUCAAGUCUUGCCAUAGAUUGUCAAGCCGAUUUAAGUCAAAACUGUAACUAGGCCAGUAUCUCAGGAACAUUCAAUGUCGUAUUGAUAAGCAACACCAGUGUAUAUUUGUCCUUGUGUUUUAGGUUAUUGUCCUGCUGAAAGGUGAAUUUGUCUCCCAGUGUCUAGGUUUUCCUCUAGGAUUUUGCCUGUGCUUAGCUCUAUUCCAUUUAUUUUUCUUAAAAAACUCCCUUGUCCUUGCCGAUGACAAGCAUACCCAUAACGUGAUGCUGCCACCACCAUGCUUGAAAAUAUGAAGAGUGGUACUCAGUGAUGUGUUGUGUUGGAUUUGCCCCAAACAUAACGCUUUCUAUUCAGGACAUAAAGUUAAUUUCUUUGCCACAUUUUUCUUCAGUUUUAGGGGGCUUUCACACCAAAUAUGUUUGGUGCUGUUUUUCCGAACUCUGGUACAUUUACCCCCUUAGUUUACUAUCCGCACACGGGAGCACACUAAAAAUCGCACCAUGAUUUGCUCAAAAAGGGUGGUCUCGGUCCAAUUCAAUUCAUACCGUGGUGAGGUUCACUGCAGGUGAGAAUGCAGUCAGGACUAAACACAGGAAAAUAACCUGUGUCACAUUAUUAUUUGUUGUUUGACUGCGUGUAUUUGAUUAAAUGCACGCAGCAUCAUAACUUGAGAUCUCUGAAACAUUCUGUGAGUAGCAGAUAAUUUAUGAGCGCAUCCGAUGCAGAUUUGGGAAGACCGGAGCUGUAUUGGGGAUAUACAGUGUAUUCGGAAAUUAUUCAGACCCCUUCCCUUUUUCCACAUUUUGUUACGUUACAGCCUUAUUCUAAAAUGGAUUACAUUAUUAUUUGUCUCAUCAAUCUACACACAAUACCCCAUAAUGACAAAGCAAAAAUAGGUUUUUAGAAUUUUUUGCAAAUGUAUUAAAAAUAGAAAAACAGAAACACCUUAUUUACAUAAGUUUCCAGACCCUUUGCUAUGAGACUCAAAAUUGAGCUCAGGUGUAUCCUGUUUCCAUUGAUCAUCCUUGAGAUGUUUCUACAACUUGAUUGGCGUGCACCUGUGAUAAAUUCAAUUGAUUGGACAUGAUUUGGAAUGGCACACACCUGUCUAUAUAAGGUCCCACAGUUGACAGUGCAUGUCAGAGCAAAAACCAAGCCAUGAGGUCGAACGAAUUGUCCGUUGAGCUCCGAGACAGGAUUGUGUCGAGGCACAGAUCUGGGGAAGGGUACCAAAAAAUGUCUGCAGCAUUGAAGUUCACCAAGAACACAGUGGCCUCCAUCAUUCUUAAAUGGAAGAAGUUUGGAACCACCAAGACUCUUCCUAGAGCCAUCGGAGCCUUGGUCAGGGAGGUGACCAAGAACCCGAUGGUCACUCUGACAGAGCUCCAGAGGUCCUCUGUGGAGAUGGGAGAACCUUCCAGAAGGACAACCAUCUCUGCAGCACUCCACCAAUCAGGCCUUUAUGGUAGAGUGGCCAGACGGAAGCCACUCCUCAGUAAAAGGCACAUGACAGCCCGCUUGGAGUUUGCCAAAAGGCACCUAAAGGACUCUCAGACCAUGAGAAACAAGAUUAUCUGGUCUAAUGAAACCAAGAUUGAACUCUUUGGCCUGAAUGCCAAGCGUCAGGUCUGGAAGAAACCUGGCACCAUCCCUAAGGUGAAGCACGGUGGUGGCAACAUCAUGCUGUGGGGAUGUUUUUCAGCGGCAGGGACUGGGAGACUAGUCAGGAUCGAGGGAAAGAUGAACGUAGCAAAGUACAGAGAGAUCCUUGAUGAAAACCUGCUCAGGACCUCAGACUGGGGCGAAGGUUCACCUUCCAACAUGACAAUGACCCUAAGCACACAGCCAAGACAACGCAGGAGUGGCUUCGGGAAAAGUCUCUGAAUGUCCUUGAGUGGCCCAGCCAGAGCCCGGACUUGAACCCGAUCGAACAUCUCUGGACAGACCUGAAAAUAGCUGUGCAGCGAUGCUCCCCAUCCAACCUGACAGAGCUUUAGAGGAUCUGCAGAGAAGAAUGGGAGAAACUCCCCAAAACAGGUGUGCCAAGCUUGUAGGGUCAUACCCAGGAAGACUCGAGGCUGUAAUCGCCGGGAAUAUGUAUGUAAAUGUAAUAUUUUUUUAUUUAAAUAGAUUUGCUAAAAUGUCUAAAACCCAGUUUUUGCUUUGUCAUUAUGGGGAAAAAAAACAAUUUAAUUCAUUUUAGAAUAAGGCUGUAAUGUAACAAUGUGGAAAAAGUCAAGGGGUUUGAAUACUUUCCGAAUGCACUGUAGGCUACUGAAUAUAGCCUAUUCACGUCGCAGUUAGAGCGGCUAUUGCGCUGUUUCGUACCGCAUGUUGUUGGAAGACGAACUACUGGUGCAUUAUUUUCGCUACGUAGUUUUAAAGGUAACGAUGGAAGGGUUUGUUAAUAGAGGGCCCGUUGUAUUUUUGCAUGUCAUGUUUUUUUUGGGAAAACUUUUCCCCCAGGUAUUUCAAUUUGGCAUUUGGUUUUUAUUUUGACUGGUGCUUUGGGGAAAAAGUAAGGGAAGUUUUGCUUGUACACAUGCCCUCCUCCCCCUAAGUAAGAGAAACCUUUGACGUUUUUGUAAACAAUAAUAUUUCGGUGAUUUUUGUAUUUUUGUGCUUGUGCGGAGUUUUUGAUUUUUUGUGUAGACUACUGUACAUCAAGUCCAUUUUCCCAAAAAACAUACAGCCUUCAGAAAUAUUCAUAUUUUUUUAAACCUUUUUUUAACUAGGCAAGUCGUUAAGAACAAAUCUUAUUACAAGGGCCCUUCAGGGCCCAAACAGGACGACGCUGGGCCAUUGUGCGCCCCCCUAUGGGACCCAAUCACGGCCGGUUGUGAUGCAGCCUUAGACCACUGCGCCAUUCGGGAGCCUUGAUUUAUUCCAUAUGUUGUUGUGUGACGUCCUGAAUUCAAAAUUGAUUAAAUAUGUUUUUUCUCACCCAUCUACCCACAAUACCCCAUAAUGACAAAGUGAAAACAUGUAGUUUACAGAAAUAUGUAAUUUAAUAAGUAUUCACACCCCUGAGUCAAUGCAUGUUAGAAUCACAUUUUUCAGCAAUUACAGCUGUGAGUCUGUCUGGGUAAGUCUCUAAGAACUUUGCACACCUGGAUUGUACAAUAUUUGAACAUUAUUCUUUUUUUAAUUCUUCAAGCUCUGUCAAGUUGGUUGUUGAGCAUUGCUAGACAGCCAUUUUCAAGCCGAUUUAAGUAAAAACUGUAACUAGGCCACUCAGGAACAUUCAAUGUCGUAUUGAUAAGCAACUCCAGUGUAUAUUUGUCCUUGUGUUUUAGGUUAUUGUCCUGCUGAAAGGUGAAUUUGUCUCCCAGGCAUGUUGUUGGAAGACGAAAACUAACGUAAUAGUAAGAUUGGGCACACAAGUGAUGCUUCAGAUAAUCAUAAAUGGAUUUAACGUUAGCAUUUUUGUUCAUACAAGCUAACAGAAACCAAACCAAAAAAUCGACAUGUUUAUGUUAUUGAUGUGCAUAACUGACGCUCGAUCUUCCCUUUUGUUCUAUGAAAGAGGAAUGCUGGGAGCAGCUCAGACGGCACUGAGGAUUCAGACUUCUCUGCUGACCACGAGCACACAGACAGAAUCGAGAUUUAUGGGAGAACACGGAGGAACACGCGCCUCACCCGCGCAUCGCUGCGACUCAGCCAAAGUUCACAAGGUAAAUAUGCUGUUUUGAUAUGGAACUGUCAUGAGAUGGCCGAAAUAUUUAUAUUUAUGUUUCUGCUUCAAGAAUCUGCUGAAUAACUAUGAAUCCUAUAUGAAUCCCUUGGAUUCCAGCCCUAUAUGAGUUUUCAGUCUAGGUCAUUGAACCAAAUGUUGUGACAAUAAUCUAGGUCAGAAGAUUCAAAAUGAAGAUUCUGUAUGUAAUGCUGGGGUUCUCUUUGUCUGUCUGUAGAUAUACCCAUAGAUGUGCUCAUGGGUUGUCAUCUCUUGCUGUAACAAUAGCCAUUGUAUAUCAGCAAUCAAGGUCAUAAACUGUGAAUAGGUUUAGACAGCAGUCAUCCACCCUGAUCCCUAUUCGAUCUGGCGGUCAUGGUUUGAAUAGAGGAUGAUAUAGUUUCCACUCCUUUUGUUAUUGAAAAAUACUGGAUGCAUUCUAUGUUGGUUUUUGAAAAGCUUGCCAUGUCCCUUGGUCCUCAAUUUGAGAACUGAGCUGAUAUUGUUAUUAAAGUUGCUAUGCACAACAAGUAGCCUACUGCUUGGGCCUAUGUUUUGUUUUUUGUUGCCUGUACACUACUGGUCAUUUAUGUUGUGGAAAUGAACCCGUUUGUUUAGGGAGUGUAAGUGUCUCUGCUUGAAAGGGAUGUAUCCGUAGAGGAGACAAAAUACUACAUUACUGCUGAGGGCUAGAGACCCCCGAAGACGUCUGUUAAAAAAAAUGUCUUUUUAGAUUCCAGCCCUGUCCAGACCAGCCCAGCAGAGGUGGUGACCUUCUCUGCCCGGCGGGUGACCCGUAGCCGUAGUCUGCAGCAAGGGCCGCCGGUCACCCCCAAGAAAUACCCUCUGCGCCAGAGUCGCUCUUCGGGGUCGGACACAGAGCAGCAUGUGGAGGGUAGGAGGAAGAGGCAGCAUGGUCACGUUCUCUCACAGCCCCCACCCCCCCACCGCUCCAUUGUCCACACCCCAGAGCUGGCCACCCGCUGCGUUACUUAUGAUAUCUGUUCAUUGUAUCAUUUUAAGUUUUCGAAGGGGCAGUGAUGCUCAUCCAGUGCUUUUCUACUCUUUAAGUUUGUUUUUGGGCUUGUGUCCUCAUAACAGAUUAUUUGGGCUUGUGUUGUCCUCCACAUGUUAUUCCACUCAUUUGUUAUUUUUCUGCUGGUUCCUCAGAGUUCUGCAGAGAAUUGCAGCCUGUGCUUGUAGCUACCAUCCCUAUUUAUUCCUCUGGGUUUCUGUUGCUGGUGCGGUGGGGUCGUUGUAUGUAAUCAUGUAUUGGGUGUCUGGUGUCAUGAUGAGUCAUCAUCCCCUCCUGUCCUGUUUCAUACCCCUCACUUUUUGCCUUUGGAAAAACCUGCCUUGGAAAAAUCUGAAGGGAAUUUUGUGAAAAACAAAUGCAUCACCAACAUUGACAAAAAAUAUAUAGUGGGUGGGUGUAUAACAGCAUCACAACAAAAUUGAAUCUUGUGUCCUGAAAUUGUAUAAACAUGGUACUGUGAGAGAGUGGUGAGAAUGUCCUCCUUCAUAAUUCUAGAUACAAGCCAGGCACUUGAAAUAUGAACUAAGGCCCCAUCAUGUGAGGUGUCUGACUGGCUUGUGAGUAUAACUAUUCCUUUACAUGUGUUCUUCUCCUCAUUGGCUCUUCCAGACCUGAAGCGAGCAGCAGACCAGGACGAGUCUCUGCCCCGCACCCCAACAGGGAACGCCCCCUCCUCGGAGUCGGACAUCGACGUGUCCAGCCCCAACGCCUCUCACGACGACAGCCUGGCCAAGGAGCUGUCACUCAAAGACUCUGGCAGCGACCUCUCCCACAGGCCCAAGCGCCGCCGCUUCCACGAGAGCUACAACUUCAACAUGAAGUGCCCCACACCAGGCUGCAACUCCCAGGGUAAAUUUUACAUUUACAUUUUAGUCAUUUAGCAGACGCUCUUAUCCAGAGCGACUUACAGUUAGUGAAUACAUUUUUUUUUUUUUUAUACUGGCCCCCCAUGGGAAUCGAACCCACAACCCUGGCGUUGCAAACGCCAUGCUCUAUCAACUGAGCUACAUCCCUGCCGGCCAUUCCCUCCCCUACCCUGGAUGACGCUGGGCCAAUUGUGCGCCGCCCAUGAGUCUCCCGGUCGCGGCCGGCUGCGACAGAGCCUGGAUUCGAACCAGGAUCUCUAGUGGCACAGUUAGCACUGCGUUGCAGUGCCUUAGACCACUGCGCCACUCAGGAGUAAAUUAUCUCUUUCUUAUCCAUCAGCUCCACCGUGAAUGAGGGCAGGACAUUUAUUUACAUAGUUGACUUUUUGUGCAAUGUGGGCCUCAGAACGCUACACAUGCUGUUAAUGUUUAUCUUCUGCAUUUGUUUCACUUGACGUUCUCUGUUUUGUUGUUUUUCAGGCCAUUUGACAGGGAAACAUGAGAGGCACUUCUCAAUAUCUGGCUGCCCUCUCUUCCACAACCUCUCUGUAGACGAAUGCAAGGUAAAUCUACAAGACCUUGGCAGCUGGCUUUAGUGUUGAGGUGUGGGAUUCUUGGACCGUGUCUGAAAUCAGUCUUGCCUGCUACUUACUAAAACUACAUACUGUAGGCAUAUCUUCUGUAGGGAUGAGAGCUUUUGUGAUUUACCAAACAGGAUUUCUCUUCACAGACGAGGGCCUCCUCUCGUGACAAACAGGUGGAGGAGCGAACGUUGUCCCACCGGCAGGACGAGAACAGACACGAUACCCGUCACCAGGUACUAUGAUCCUGAUCCUGGGACUUUCAUUUGAUCAACCAUCUAAUUUUAUCACUACGCUACUGUUUUUGCUUUGGAUUUGUCCUUCCUUGCAGUAAAUGUUUCAAGAAAGGCAAUAGGGUGCCAAUGAGUUUAGGAUUUAAAGGCAGUAUCAUAACAUUGCAUAAUGGAUUAGGCCCCAACGGAGAGACAGAUGAGGUACAAGGAGAAGGUGACAGAAAUGAGGAAGAAGAGGAACUCGGGUCUGCUAAAAGAGCAGAAAGACCAGUACAUGGUGAGUGUGGUGAUCUGACCUCUAAUCCAAACUCUAGGAAAGGAAAAACAACCCUUUUCCAUUAGUGCCAGAAGAAAAAACGUUUCCUUGUAGCCUACACGUUGUAAUACACUCUUAUCCCAUACACAAGGUAAACAAAUAUAAUACUUCCAAAUUAAAAAGUGUCUUUGACAACUGUUCAGACAACAGAUAUGUUGAAGGUAAAUAAUGUGUCCGGUUGAAGAGAUAUGCUGAUUGUUCUGAGGUUAAAGGCUUUAUUCUCCCUCUCUGAUGUCCCAGGAGCACCGGCAGUCCCACGGCAACAACCGAGAGCCCCUCCUGGAGAACAUCACAAGUGAUUACGACCUGGAGCUCUUUCGAAAAGCCCAGGCACGUGCUUCGGAGGAUCUUGUAAGAGAGAGAACUCAUCGCCCUUCCUCCCAUUUUCUUCUUUCUUUUCCUGAGCCUGUACUAGUGACUGUCUGGACUGGGCCCAGUCCACGCCCAGCUCUCACCGUUUACGGUGGGCAUUGCCAGACGGGGAGCAUUCUGGGUAAUCUGGCUACUCACACUGUCUGGUAUUGUCAGUUACAAGACCGGAUAGUUUAUGGAGAACUACUUCUUCGCUCUCUUUGAGCUAGAUUUACUCUAGCUGAUAUCUUUAAGAGGCUCCCCUUUCAGUCUUCCAAAGCUCUCUCUUAUCCUUUCCACACACAUUUCUAACCUUUUUCCAAAUUAAAGCGCAUUCUUCGUGGUUGCUUCCAUGGAGGGUAUGGGUUCCCCUCCCGUGGCGUCUUGCCUGCCCCUCUCCCUCGCUGCGUUGGUCAAACCUCUCUCUUCCUCCUCUCUUUUCUUUCCCCUCUUCCUGUCCUCCGCCUGGUGCAGGAGAAGCUGCAGGGCCAGGUGGCGGAGGGCAGCAACAUGAUCAAGACCAUCGUGUUUGGCCGCUACGAGCUGGAUACCUGGUAUCACUCGCCCUACCCCGAGGAGUACGCCCGCUUGGGACGCCUCUACAUGUGUGAGUUCUGCCUCAAGUACAUGAAGAGUCAGACCAUCCUGCGCCGGCACAUGGUGAGAACGUUGGUGCAUGUCGAGUAAUUUCUCCUGUGUUUUUUGAUUGUUCUCUAUGGAUGGGCCGUAGUCAGACGUUUCAGAGUGGAUCUCAAUUCUGAAUAGGUUUUUGUAUUAUGAUCGGUGCUUUCCCUCCCCUGUACAGGCCAAGUGUGUCUGGAAACACCCACCAGGGGAUGAGAUCUAUCGAAAGGGAAACAUCUCAGUCUUUGAGGUGGAUGGUAAAAAGAACAAGGUGAGAGAUUUCUGUGGUCCCGGGAAUGUGAAGUUAUCCUGCCUUGUGAAUGUAAUGACUACCCUACUCUGACCAUAGCCCUGCUAAAUGACCCUGUCUUCCACAGAUCUACUGCCAAAACCUAUGCCUUCUGGCUAAGCUCUUCCUGGACCACAAGACCCUAUACUACGACGUGGAGCCCUUCCUCUUCUACGUCAUGACAGAGGCUGACAACACCGGCUGCCAUCUGGUUGGCUACUUCUCAAAGGUAACCAGUCAGUUGUAGUUAUAAUGUUACAUUUGAUUUAUUAAGUGCUUUUCUCAAACUCAAAACAUCUAUGUCCUCCCAUUUAGGAGAAGAACUCGUUUCUGAACUACAAUGUCUCCUGUAUUCCUCACCAUGCCACAGUACAUGAGGCAGGGCUACGGAAAGAUGCUGAUUGACUUCAGUGAGUACAGCCACUACCUUGUGGUCUCUGUAACUCUACCUGAUCUCUCUGUCACCCUGUGUCUGGUCCUGGUUUCUCUCUAACCCUGGUCUGUGUGUGGUCUGUCCUCUCCCAGGUUACCUACUGUCUAAGGUGGAGGAGAAGGUGGGCUCUCCAGAGCGGCCCCUCUCAGACCUGGGCCUGAUCAGCUACAGGUCCUACUGGAAGGAGGUGCUGCUGCGCUACCUCAACCAGUUCCAGGGGACGGAGAUCUCCAUCAAGGAGAUCAGCCAGGAGACAGCUGUCAACCCAGUGGACAUCGUCAGCACCCUGCAGUCCCUCCAGAUGCUCAAGUACUGGAAAGGGAAGCAUCUGGUCUUGAAGAGACAGGUAUGUCACCUACUAUUUCUUCAUGUAUUUGUUUAUUUAACCAGCCAAGUCUGUUAAGAACACAUUCUUAUUUACAAUGACGGCCAGGACAUUUCUCCAACUAACUGUGGAAUUAGUUGGGGUUUGGGUUAUUCCAUUAGACGUCAGUUCAGUCUCGAUAUUGUCUUGGACAUCCACCUAUCAUUGAGCCUAGCAGUGCUAACAUGCUACUAGUCUCGCGGAGCCAUCUUUCCAAAUCUCGUCUCGUUGGCUUUACUAUUGGAAGUCUGGAGAACUUUGGUAUUGGAUUUUGCAUUUGAAUGGGCAGUGCAGGCUGUUGACGCUCGGUAUGAGUACAAGUGACGUUUCCCCUCAGGAGAGGCAUUUCCUUGUUUUAGAAUUAUUAUUAUUUUUUGCUUUAUCUGUGUCUCUUUUUCCUACUGUGUCAGACAGUGUGCCUAUGCUGUAUUAGUUAUGUAUUAAUUUUAAAAAAUCAAAAACAUGCUAAAUAUUUCAUUGGUUUAAAAAGUGGCAACAGGUCUAGUUUCCAUCUAUACCACUGUUGUCUGUCCUUUUGAUUGUCUUCCUGAGGAGAACUUCCACAGGUUUUGGAACAGAGCGUGACAAACCUGGGAUUUCUGAGGCUAACAUGCUACUAUCUCCUCCAGGACCUAAUCGACGACUGGAAAGCCAAGGAGACCAAACGCGGCAGCAGCAAGACUAUUGAACCCACCGCCUUAAAGUGGACCCCACCUAAAGGAACAUAG